AUGUCGGUAACUGUGGCAAAAAAAAUUGUGUCUUUGCAAUGUGGUUUCUUUUGGGAAAAGGCAGACAGGAGUAGGGGUAUGCCUACUAUAAAGUGGGAUAUCAUUCAGAGACCCAAAAAUCAAGGUGGUCUGGGUGUUAGCAAUCUAGUGUUGAAGAACAUGGCUUUCUUAUUCAAGUGGUGGUGGAGUUUGAAUCUGAUUGGUUUGGAGAGUUGUGGCGGUGGUGGUGUGUGGACAGAUAUUAUGCAGAUUGGUGGGAAAAAUAAGGAGCUUUUGGGGGUGUUUAGAGAAGGUUUACAGUUGAUAGUUGGAAAUGGGAAUAGGACUAUUUCAAUGGAGGUGUCAACUCUGACAGUGGGAGCAGGAGGAGGUGCAGGAGCUGUUGAACUUCCUGCCAAAGCUUAUCUUAAUCAACAAGGACAGGGUGUUGGAGUGCUGGAUAGUAGCGGUUUUUCGAAGCUCUGGAAGGGGCCUACCCCGCCUCGUGUGAAGCUACUGUGUUGGUUUGUGAUGCAUGAAAUACUUAACACUAGAGAAAGACUUUUAAGUUGUGGCGUUGUCCCUCAGCCAGAGUGUAUGCUGUGUGGGAAGUUACCCGAGUCGGUUCACCACCUAUUUUUUGGUUGUGAGCAUGCGUGGAAGGUUUGGUCCUUUGUGUUGAAGGAAUUCAAUGUGAUGUGGGGUUGGCCUGGGGAGUCUCUUAAAUGCUUUGAAUCUUGGUUUGGAAGGAAUGUCCGUAAUAAUUAUAAAGAGAGGUGGGUUCGGUAUUUUUUUGCUGUCAUUUGGAGCUUAUGGAAAGGUAGAAAUAAGAUGAUUUUUAACGAGGAGUUGUUCUCAGUGAAGUCAGCAAUCAAUGAAGUAGUAGUGUGUGUUAACUACUGGUCUCGACCUUUGGCACCUCUUGGUUGA